UGACUGUGAUUAGGCUACGAAGGAGGUGUAACUUGCCUCACCAACAAGAGCUAGGUUUUGUCUGAACUCCAUCUGCGCAACUCAGACAGUACCAUUCAUUGUAGCCCGGAUACAGCGUUGUGAAGGAAGGAUCUAUUCUGAAAGCAACUGGCUACAAAAACAACACCGAACAAUGUUGCUGCAAUCUUCAACUUUAUAACACUGUGGCUGUCCUUGGAUUGGAGGUGAUGCUAAAAACGUGGCGCACAGCUUUAUGAGCCCCACCACAGGCUCUGCUUUGCUCUUCCAGUGGUCUGGAGUGAGGCCCCACCGUCUUGCCGGGGCCUCCAGGUCUGGACCGACCAAUGGAGCGGCUCCACUGGGUCCGGCACCGAUGGCAGCAGCUGAUGGGCGUGGACGUGGCGAGAGGCUGGUACUCUCCCGCCGCCCCUCUGUCCACCAAGAGUCCGCUGGACGCCCAGGAGCCUGCCGCUCACCGGCUGACGGGGAAGAGAAGGACCGUGGUGGCUCACUGUGGCCCCAACCGGUCUGAGCAUCACAGCGUUUGCAAGGGUUACCUGGGCAACAGCAUCAGCACCACCAAGUACAGCCUGCUCAGCUUCAUCCCCAAGAACUUGUUUGAGCAGUUUCACCGGGCGGCCAACCUGUACUUCCUUUUCCUGGUGCUGCUGAACUGGGUGCCUGUGGUGGAGGCCUUUCAGAAGGAGAUCACCAUGAUCCCCCUGGCUGUGGUUCUCACUGUCAUCGCCAUCAAAGAUGCCCUGGAGGACUACAGGCGCUACCGCUACGACCAGAAGAUCAAUAACAACACCACUUCGGUCUUCUGCGGGAAGCAACAUAAGUAUGUGGACCGGCGCUGGGCUGAGGUGUGUGUGGGGGACCUGGUGCAACUCUACUGUAACGAGAUCAUCCCUGCGGACAUGGUGCUGCUCUACUCGUCCGACCCCAAAGGCGUGUGCCACAUCGAGACGGCCAACCUGGACGGGGAGACCAACCUCAAGCAGAGGGAGGUGGUGCGGGAUCUGCCCCAGCAGGGUUCUGAGUUCCACCCAGAAAACUUCAGCAGUCGUAUUGAAUGUGAAAACCCUAACAACAACCUGAGACGUUUCCGAGGAUACAUGGAGCAUCCGAGUAGGACUCGUGUCGGGCUACACAGUGACAACUUGCUUCUGAGGAGCUGCACUGUGAGAAACACAGAGACCGUGGUGGGCAUGGUGGUCUAUGCUGGACAUGAGACCAAGGCGAUGCAGAACAACAGCGGGCCGCGCUACAAGCGCAGCAAGAUGGAGAGGCGGCUGAACGUGGACGUGCUGUGGAGCGUCGUCAUACUGCUGCUCAUGUGCCUGACAACUGCUGUCGGUCAUGGCUUGUGGCUGAAUAGUCUGAAGGACCCCAUCUACCUAAUCCCUGGAGACCCUCGUCCUGCACUGGCUGGCUUUUAUAUGUUCUGGACAAUGAUCAUUGUUCUGCAGGUGUUGAUCCCCAUCUCCCUGUACGUGUCCAUUGAGAUAGUCAAGCUGGGCCAGAUCUACUUCAUCCAGAAUGACCUGGACCUCUACAACCAGAGACUGGACACGGGGGUCCAGUGCAGGGCGCUGAACAUCACCGAGGACCUGGGACAGAUCCAGUACAUCUUCUCGGACAAGACCGGAACCCUGACCGAGAACCGCAUGCUGUUCCGACGCUGCACCAUCGCCGGAACAGAGUACCCUCACCACGACAAUGCGCGUGCUCAGGAGCUGUAUGAGGAGCCGGCGGCGGAGGGGGGUUGCUCCAACACCCUGCGCUCCAAGACCAGCCGCCGCUCCCUGAGCUGCCGCUCGCUCAGCUGCAACCGCAGCUCCACCUCGCUCCACUCGCUCGCCCGCGACUCCGACACGCACUCCCACGACGACGCGCACCCCACACUGACCCGCGGGGCCUUCAGCAGCGCUAUGGAGUGUGUGGUGGUCCCUGACCCUCUGCUGCAGCUGAAGUUGGGGGGCCUCUCGAGCCCCCUGGCCCCUCCCCUCAAGCAGGAUGCGGCGGAACUCUCGCACAUCCUGGACUUUUUUCUGGCGCUGGCCGUCUGUAACACCGUGGUGGUGUCGUCCCCCACGCAGCCGAGGCACAUGGUGCAGCUCCCGGUGGCCCGCACCCCUCUGAGCACGCUGGAGGACAUGAAGCUGCUGCUGCAGAAGCUGAGCCUGCCGCGCUUCGCCCUGACGCCGGCCUCCAACGGCGGUGGCCAGCCCCGCACGCCGCCCCAGCCCAGCCUCACCCGCCGCCUCUUCACCCGCGGCCGCUCGGCCACCUUCACCCCCAACACUCCGCCCGACCCCCGCCGCGACACCCCCACCGCCACCGCCUCCGGUGCCGAUGCCACCACCCCCACCGCCUCCACCCCCGGCGGCACCCCCACCAGCCUCACCCCCAUCCCGACUCGGACCCCGUCCCCGUGCCCCUCUCCCUCUCCCGCCCCGUCCCCGUCCCAGCUCCGGGCCCCGCUCACCGGAGCCUGCGGCCGCACGGAGCCCUCCGCCCCCGACAAAGACGUCAGCGUCGGCUUCAACACCGACACGGACGACGACGACGACGACGACGACGAGAGCGAGGAGGAGGAAGAGCAGCGGCUCUACGAGGCGGAGAGCCCGGACGAGGCGGCGCUGGUGCAGGCGGCGAGGGCCUACGGCUUCACGCUGCUGGGCCGCUCGCCCGAGCAGAUCCUGGUGCGGCUGCCGGGCACCGGGCCGCUGGCCGUGCCCCUGCUGCACGUGCUGCCCUUCAGCUCGGCGCGCAAGCUCAUGUCCGUGCUGGUGCGCCACCCCGUCACCGGCCAGGUGCUGCUCUACACCAAAGGGGCCGACAACGUGGUCAUGGACCUGGUGUCCUCUGACGCAGCCGGUGGUGACCGAUCCGGCCAGCAGGCGCUCAUAAAGGAGCAGACCCAGAGGCACCUUGACCAGUACGCCAGAGAGGGCCUCCGCACGCUGUGUGUAGCCAAGAGGGUGCUGGAGGAGGCGGAGUACGAGGCGUGGCUGAAGGGACACAUGUCGGCCGAGACGAGCAUCGAGAACAGGGAGGAGCUGCUGCUGGACUCCGCCCAGAAGAUCGAGAACAAGCUGACACUACUGGGGGCGACGGGCAUCAUGGACCGGCUGCAGGAGGAGGUGCCUGAGACCAUCGAGGCGCUGCAGAGGGCCGGGAUCAGAGUAUGGGUGCUGACAGGGGACAAACAGGAGACGGCCAUCAACAUUGCGUGUGCCUGCAAACUUCUGAGGCCCACUGACCAACUACUGACCGGCAACUGUGAGAGCAAGGAGGCUUGCGAGAUCCUCUUGGCCGAGCUCACGGAGAAGAUCCAUCGUUACGAUGAGUCAGACGGUGACGCAGUAGCAGCGGGCACUGAGGCGGGCGCUGAUGCGGCGGCGGGCUUCACGCUGGUGAUUGACGGGCGCACGCUGGACUGGGCUCUGCAGCCGGACCUGGAGAAGGCCUUCCUGGCGCUCACCCAGCGCUGCCGCUCGGUCAUCUGCUGCCGCUCCACGCCGCUGCAGAAGAGCCAGGUGGUCAAGCUCAUACGAGACACACUCCAGGUCAUGACCCUCGCCAUCGGUGAUGGUGCAAAUGAUGUCAGUAUGAUCCAGGUGGCUGAUGUGGGGAUUGGUAUCUCAGGACAAGAGGGCAUGCAGGCUGUGAUGUCCAGUGAUUUCGCCAUCUCCAGGUUCAAGCACUUGAAGAAGUUGCUGCUGGUCCAUGGUCACUGGUGUUACAUGCGGCUGGCCAACAUGAUCCUCUACUUUUUCUACAAGAAUGUGAUGUAUGUGAACCUGUUGUUCUGGUACCAGUUCUUUAGUGGUUUUUCGGGCAACGUGAUGACCAACUCUUGGGUCCUCAUCUUCUUUAAUCUCCUCUUCACGUCUGCUCCCCCUCUCCUUUACGGCAUCCUGGACAAGGAUGUUUCCGCGGAAACACUCCUCAGCAUUCCGCAAAUCUACAAGUCGGGGCAGGAUUCCCAGGCCUAUUUGCCAUCCACCUUUUGGCUCUCCAUUUUGGAUGCCUUCUACCAGAGUCUGGUGUGCUUCUUCGUCCCUUACUUUGCCUACGCCGGCUCUGACAUUGGUGUCUUCUCCUUCGGCUCGCCCAUCAAUAGUGCCGCCCUCCUCAUCAUCCUGCUGCACCAGGUCAUCGAGAGCCGCACACUGACAUUGUUGCAUGGGGUCGUGUUGAUUGGCAGUGCAGUAUUCUACUAUGCCUUUGGCCUGGUAUUCAGUAAGAUCUGUGUGACAUGCAACUCUCCCACAAAUCCUUACGGCAUUGAAUUACAGAUGAUGUCCGAGCCCAGCUACUACUUUGUGUGUUUACUCACAACAGUGGUGGCCCUGCUUCCCAGAAUCUUGAUCCGUGCUUUCUAUAACACCAUCAGUCCAUUGGAUACAGUAAGGGCGGCAAUCAUGGAAAGACUCCACCCCGAAGAGUACAGGACAUGUGUCAGUCAGUGGAAAGACCGCCUCCAGUCCAAGAGUGUCCAGAGUCCCCGACUACCCCCUCCCAAUCUCAGCCUCAACGCAGACCCUCCCCACUCGACAGACUGCCACCCAGAAGCCCGUUCUGUGCUCUCCUGACCAGAGGACAACACUAUAGUGUCAUCAGCGUAGAGAUUGGCAAAAAGCCUUAACCAGUCAGCUGAGAGCUGUUUGGUCUGUUGAGAGCAACACUGCAAGCAGUCUUCCAGAUCAGCUGAGCGAGAUGAGAGGACGAUGACGCUGACGCUGAGGGAGAUGUUUAGGGAGUGACCAUUCUGCUGUAACUGCUUACUUGCUUUAUACUGUAGCAAAGACAUUAAAGAAAUGCAUUUUAGAAAUGCAAUUUACUGAGCAAGUUGAAGGCAAUAUUUCAGCUCCCCUACUCCAUGGUAAACUGGCCUCUGGUAAUGUUAAACCGAAUGAAAGGUUUGACCAGACUGACCUAAGUGAAGUCAACUGGAAUGUCCCACUGUCCUUUGGGGGGAAACCAGGUACUUUUUCAUGAGAGACUGACUAAUGUGGGGUUAUUGGGUUAAUUAGCAUGCCAGCGGUUGUAAAUUAUCCAAAUACUUAAUGCAGCCGUGUGCUGUAUGUACUGUAUUUUGGCAUGUUUUCGAAAGUUAUGUGCGUAUUUUAUACUUUUUGUUUUUAUACGGACAGCUCAAUGUGAAGAAUGAAUUCAUGUGCAAUUUCUUGAAUGUUUACAGCGACGCCUGGUGGUAAGCAGCGAGGAGAGCGCCUCCCUACGCUGUAGUUCAACCAUCUUCUGUAUGUUUUUGUUGUUUGAAUCUGUUUACACGGAUCAAACAAUUGGACUAAAACUACCAAACUAAAGGCAGCUGUGACAAGCAACAGAAUCCAUCUCAUGUGCUAACGAAUUUAGAAAGCGGUACUAGCGCCUCUCCGAAUUGUUUCGCCUUGCCUAUGAACACAAGAAAUUAUUCUGAAAUGUGGUAGCCUAAUAUCACAUUAUUAUUGUGUGAUAUUUUUCAUACAUUCUGAUAUUUAUAUAGACUAGGCCUACUGGUCGUC